GCCACUACAUUUGAGGAUUAAGAACCCAAAAAACAAGAGUAUUUGAAAAGGGUUCUGGUUAGGGUUUUUAUUAUUUUUCACGAGAUUCUCGUCCUGGUACGUAGUUGCUUACAGGUGCUCUGCAACACUACAUUGUUAAUGGCAGAAAGGUUAGAAUGAUUUGAGGGCUUUUUUCUUUACUGGGAAAAUUCCAGCAAUUUCCAGACUGCUAUGCCUUGUACCCGGUCAAAGACUGCUAUGCCUAGUGCCCGGUCAAAAACUUUUGAAGCAAACAGAUGGUGCUCCACCCUGACGUACCGGCAGCUGGGACGCAUUUGGCGGGAUUACCGUAUCUGGAGCUCUAUAAACCUUAGGAUUCCUAAUUCUGAUGAAAGGGUGUCCGCCUUCACUGGCAGGGACGAAGUGGGCCUGCACGAGGACUCACUGAAGGCUGGGCUUCGAUUCCCGAUUCCCGAUUCCCGAUUCCCGAUUCCCCGUGAGGUUAGGGAGGUGCUGGCCUACCUUAAUCUUGCCCCCUCCCAGCUGCUGCCAAAUACAUGGCAAACCCUAUUAGCUUGUUCUGUUCUCUCACCCUCUGUUUUUGGAGCCAAGCAUCAUUUGUCAGUGAAGGAAUUCCUGUACUGCUACCGCCCUGAAGAGAAGUACAUCGGGUGGUGGACCUUCCACUGUCACGGCUCCAAAUGGAAUGUUGUGUCGGAUCUCCAAUCCAGUAACAAGAAGUGGAAGAAUAGGUUUUUCUUAAUCUCCGGCAGUGAGUGGGAGUUCAGGAAUAUGGACAUGGCGGACAAACAGAAGCCAAUAGGUGUCAAUAGGAGAUGGGGAUACCUUCGCCCAAAAGCUCAUUCUAAGCCCAAUUUGAGCGUGGAGGAGUUGGGGUGGGUGAAUCAGUUGGCAAACACAAAGGGGAGUUUUCGUGAGUUGACAUCCAUGGGGAACAUGGAGAAAUACUUUUUUCACCCUAAGCUCUCUCUAGCAGGGAUAGGCAUAAUUUCAAACGAUACUCGGGCCAUUGUUAAGUCACAGAAGUCCCAGGCUCAAGGUUUGAAAGAGGCUGAUGCCCGCCCGAGCAAAAAGGCAAAGACUUCUCGGGAGAAUACUACUCCCGAGGACGCUCACGCUCUGAGGUGUUUAGCUUCCUUUGUUGCGUUCAGUUCUAAGGGCCUCUGGAAGGAAAAAGUCCCUUCUCAAACCAAGUCAGCGGAGGCGCCUUCGGCUGCUGCUACACCUGCAACAUCUCUGGAUCAUGUUCCGAUGCCUGAGGCUUCUAAACCGCUGACUGCUCGGGCCUCAAAAAUGGGGCCAGCUGCCCAACCUGAGUGGACUGUGCCUAUGGGACUUGAAGCUUCUGCCUCAUUUGGUUUUGAUGUCCUAUUUAUUAUUAGCAGGAAUGGUGAGGUAGCAACUGAACAGCCUGGAGCCCUGCACAGUGUGGAUCGGGUGCCUGAAGGGAGAGGGAAGGGAGUGGCCCUCUGACCCGCCUGAGAGCUCUGAUUCUGGCGAG